AUGGCUUGGCUGUUAAGCGAUCUCAAGAAACGAGUCAGUGAAGUGGUGACAUCAAUCGAUGCUUCACUAAAGGAGGAUUUUCCUGUCAGCGAGAAAGAGGAGGAGAAGAUAAAAGGAAAUGCGGAAGUUGACAACCAAUCCUCUGGUGAUAAGCAGUCGACUGAGCUGUCAGAUCUGGAACACCAAACGAAACACGCUGAGAAAGUCACCAUUGACGACCUACAGGAAAAGGGCAAAGCGCUAGCUUCAAAAUUACUACUCUAUGCAAAGGACACUACCGCCAAAGCUACGAAAGGAAUUGCGGCUGUGAAGAACGUGGUUGUCGAAAAUACGAUUAUUGGAGAGCUGGACCGCGAGCAGGAGGCAUUCGUGGAAGAAAUAGCUGCCAGCCGCCUACCAGAUGUUGUGGAUCCAUGGGAUGGCUUGCCAGAUCGAGAGUUUGCGAAGAAGAAAAUUCUGGCGCUAUCUCUGGAUCCUCACAACUUCAUUCGUGAAUCACCUGGAGACUGUGACUUCGAUAUGGCUACACAACAGGCGAUGGCCAGACGGCUGAUGGAUAUUGACCCGAACUUGAGCCGUGUUCGUUUUGAGCUGGUGCCCAAGAAGUUGAGCGAAGAGAAAUUCUGGCGAAAUUAUUUCUAUCGCGUGUCACUGAUCAGACAUUCGAUAAGUGCGAGUGCAUCAGAAUUGCAAACGGCUAGAAGAGCGACACCGGUAGAGCCGGAGAAGAUGGCAGCAGCUGAGGGUGGUGAUCAAGUACCAACCACUACGAGUGCUGAUAAAGGUUCCGAAAAAAGCGCUGAAGAAAAAGACACGUCAACUGGGGAAUGUAGUACUCAAGUCGAUGAUGACUGGGAGCGUGAAAUCCUCUCUCCGAUCUGA